AAUCUCUAUAUCUACAUGGAGGUAGGAUCAUGGCUUUCACCAGCUGCAAUGGCUUCCCUCCUUCUCCUUUGCGUCUUUGGGGCUCUCAUUCCCUUCUCCAUCGCAGGGGACAUCGCCAUCUACUGGGGCCAAAAUGGCAACGAGGCUACUCUGGCAGACACAUGUGCGACAGGGAGGUACGCCUAUGUGAACCUCGCCUUCCUCACCACCUUCGGCAGUGGGAACGCCCCACAACUCAACCUAGCAAAUCACUGCGUCGCCGCCUCCGGCGGUUGCACUUCCCUCAGCGGUGAGAUAAAGUCUUGCCAGCAGCAAGGCGUCAAGGUCAUGCUCUCCCUCGGAGGCAGCGAAAGUCACACCACCCUCUCCUCCCCCGAUGAUGCAAGGCAAGUCGCCGACUAUCUGUGGAACAACUUCCUCGGCGGCUCCUCCAGCAGCCGGCCGCUCGGCGACGCCGUGCUCGACGGCAUCGACUUCGAUAUCGAGGGUGGCUCGCCGAGUUACUACGAUGUUCUAGCGCAGGCCCUGUCUGGGUACAGUUCGAGCGAGAGGAAGGUGUAUCUGACCGCGGCUCCUCAGUGCCCCUUCCCUGACGCCAUGCUCGGACCGGCGCUGAAGACGGGCUUGUUCGACUACGUCUGGGUCCAGUUCUACAACAACGAUUGCCAAUACUCUGCUGGGGACGUGAGCAGACUUGCUAGUGCCUGGCAGCAAUGGGUUUCAAUUACGGCGACUCGGAUCUUCCUUGGACUUCCUGCAGCGCCGGACGCCGCCGGCAGUGGCUACAUACCUCCCAACGACCUCAUCUCAACAGUGCUCCCCGUAGUGCAGAAUGAUCCCAAAUAUGGAGGCAUCAUGUUGUGGUCCAAGUUCUAUGAUGAACAAACAGGGUAUAGCGCAGCUGUAAAACCUUCUGUGUAGGAAGGAUCUAAGCAAAUCGUAAGCUUCUCUAUGUAUCAACUUAUUCAUGUAAUAAGAUCUGCUAGAGCCACACUUUUAUGA